CAUCUUAGACACCCGCCCGACCGUGUCGUCGCCUCCUGAGCGCCGUUGCCGUGCCAUUGUUUUGGUGUAAACAGAGAACACAUCGGCCACGACGGGCACACACACACACCAACACCAUGACUGAUAUCCGCCGCUCACGAUCCAACACGUCCAUGUCCACGAGGAGUAAUCGCCCGCCCUCGCGCGCAUCGACGACGAGCGUGCAUUCGUUCGAGCAAUUCCAACAGCCACCGCAAUCCCGAGGGGGCCAGUUUCCCCAGCAGCCCCAGUAUCACGCCCCAUUCACGACCAGCGAAGCUCUGCAGCCCGUCCUAAUCCAGGCGGCGCAACAGGUCAGCGCGCAGGACCAUUUAAUCAACAUGAGCCUGGAAAGCGUGCAGCAGUACCUUGGUUACCCGGCCGACUCAACCACGAAUCAACCGCAGCCAAACGGGCAGCCGGCGCAAACAGACCAGCACGCCUACCACAACCCCCUCCCCCAGCAGUCGCAACAGUCGCAGCAGUCGCAACAGCAUAGCUUCAUGGCGCCUUCGGUUGACCACGACGACAAGAAAAAGAGGGCUUCUACCUCGGGCGCGGCAACCAACGACAAGGAACUGCGCCAGUUGUUGAGCCAGAACGAAGGUCGCAACCUCAAGGACGUUGCGGCUGAGGUUAUCCAGAAUGACCGGACGUCCAAAUCGGAAAAAUCGAAGCAGCUGUUUGCCAUGCUGUGGCUGCAGUCAGUUUGUCGCGUCGCAAAGACCUCAGUUCCACGCAACCGCGUCUACUCCAAGUAUGCAGAACGCUGCGGCACGGAUCGCGUUAUUCCCCUCAACCCGGCCUCUUUCGGAAAGCUUGUUCGCGUCAUUUUCCCGGGUAUUCAAACUAGGCGACUCGGUGUUCGCGGAGAGUCCAAGUACCACUACGUGGAUCUGGAGCUCAUCACUGAUGGCGCUGAUGGAGAAGAAGCGCGCCGAGCUAGCACGAAUGCCGUUGCACACCAUGCUAUGAAGCGCCAGGCUUCUGGAACCCCAAGGCUCAACCUCGACGCCAUCCCACGCCUUGCUGCAGACAAUGCACAGUUCCCACCGCGGGAAGCAAGAGUAGAUUCACAGAACACUUUCUACACACCAACCUCCUCGCGUGGUGUUCUCUUCACUGAUAUCUAUUCGCCGCAUUUCCGACCGACACAAUCUCGCACAAAGUCCGCAUACGAACACGAACUCAAGUUCCCCACCCCGGAUAUCCUUGAAGCUCCGGACGCUUUCAUCGUCGAGUUGCCUGAUAUCAAGCCCUAUCUGCCCACGCGCACCGACCCUGACUCGGCUGAUAACCUUGUUGCCAUGUACCGUUCGCAUGUCGUGUCACUGGUGGAUUCCGUUCGAUACUGCAAGGAGAAGCAAUUUUUCCGUCUCUUCGGUACAUUCCAUGGUACUUUGACUGUGCCAGUGCAAAAGUUGUUUGCGGCGCCCGAGCUAGCACCGUGGAUCAGAGAGUGUGAUUGGAUGAUGUAUCAGAAGAUGAUUCGCAACGUCUCUCAACUAACGCUCCAGGUCGCACCCCCACCGGUGCUGAAGUUCCUUGACAAUGUUGCAAAGACUCUUCAUGCGCAUAUCGCUGCCAAGUUCAUGUCCCUGCCCGUCCACGUCCUUGAAGCAAAGCUAGAGCCCGCUACCUUGUUUGCUCACCUCCUCCGACAGAUGCUCCGCGUUAACUCGGCAGCACACGCGGCAGCCGUCAUGCUCACGGCAGAGAGCCACCGGACUCACAUGUACGCCGACUGGCUCCAGCAUGUGAACAUCAAGCGCAUCAUUGCGAACGAGUUGCCUGCCUCAUGUGCGCAUGAAGAGGUAUACAACAUUCUCACAACGGAGAUCCGCUCAAUGCUAGGCCCAUUGCCUCAAGAGAUCCAAUUGCCUUCCGGAACGAUACAUCGCGCAGCAUACCCUGACCCGCCCGCUGAUCCAUCAGAGUCGGUCAUUGAUCGCAUCGCCGCAUUCUUAACUCGAUUACCUUCACGCUUCCCUGGCGCGCAUGCGCGCACUAUUAUGCAUUGUAUCAGUGCACUGGGGUCCGCAGCCCUGCGCGAAAUCACAGUGGAGAACGGAAUUAGCUUCCAAGGAUGGUGGCUCACCAAGGUCUUUGUAGAUGAGAUGGCGCAGUGGCUGGCAUCCAUAGGAGGCUUCUUAGGCCACUCGCCGCCAGACUGGACCACUUCCAAUUAUUCGCCUGUCAUGGGCGACCCUCUCAAUGCGGGCAUGACCAACGGCGGGAGUGGUAGUAACAACGAUAGCCGGUACAGCAGCCUAGAAGCCGACUUUGGCCCUGACCAGUCGUUCAUGUCGAAUACUAGCCAUGUAGCUAUUCAGGAUACUGGGUCUAACCAGGAAGUCAAUGCUGGACGAUUUACUCAACAAUCAUCACAAUAUAACAUGAGUUUUGGAUACGAGUACAGCUUGAACACGACACAACAAGAGUCGACGCAUGAUGACAGUGGCAUAGGCCUUGGCCUAGGCGGCCAGGAAGACGGCAUUGACGCCAAAUUCGCGUCGCAUCUAUCUUCAGCUCUUUCGCAGAGCGUCAGCUAGUCUGGCCAUUCUUGCUUUUCAGUCUUCUUGAUCUUUUCCGCUUAUGCUUUCACGAAGUCUCUGAGAGUCACGAAUCACGAUUUAUCGUGCCCGUUUACGGCCUGUUAUUAUCUCAUAAUUAUUACACUCUAGGGUCGAUGGCGCCUCAUUGGUUGGUGUGUACGAGGCAGUUGAGGCUGGUGAUGUUGGCCUUGGAAGUUGUCUGGAUUGCACUAGCUUGGCGUUUUUGGAAGGAUAUACCGCCUAUAUGGCUCGGAUUGGGUACUAGGUGGGCGCGCUUUGUUGCUCUUCAAAGGAAUUUGAAUUGAGGUUUC